AUGGCAGCAACACACACGCUCUCCGCACACGUCGGCGUGCUGCUGCCGCAGGUGCAGGCCCUGCACGCGCACCUCACGCACGUCGCCGCCACCUCGGCGCCGCUCUUCCUCGCCGACGAGACGCCCGCCUCGCAGCCCGCCGCGGCGCCGACCCCGGCCGCGCCCUCGUCCGCGGCGGCGCCCGCCAACGCCCCCGCGUCCUUCCUCCUCGGCACCACCUCCGACGCCGACCUCUCCGACGCCCUCGUGGCGCACCUCGGCGCGUCGGGCAGCACGCGCGCGCCCAGCGCCGCCCAGCUGGAGGCGCAGCGGGGCGCGCGCGCACUGGCGCUCGGCUACAGGCGCGCAGAGGAUGCGGUGCGCGCGCUCGAGGUGGGCGAGAUGAGUCUCGACGAGCUCAAGGAGACGGAACAGGCGCUGCUGCGCUUCUUGCAGCGCUGA